UUUUUCCUUUCUUGGUCGAGUUGGCAGAUAAGUGCUACAAGGACGUUUAAGUUUCUGUCCCCCCCCAUUUAAACUGUGAACAUGGCCCCCAGCACGCAACUUAAUGAAGCGGUGUCCGAGGUUAAUAAGGGAAUACGGGCAAUCCUGCUCGGGCCCCCAGGUGCUGGGAAAGGAACACAGGCUCCUCGUUUGGCGGAGCAGUACUGCGUUUGUCAUCUGGCCACUGGGGACAUGCUGAGGGCCAUGGUGGCCUCUGGCUCGGAUCUUGGGAAGAGGCUCAAGGAUACCAUGGAUGCUGGGAAACUGGUCAGUGAUGAGAUGGUGGUGGAGCUCAUAGAGAAGAACCUAGACACGCCUCCCUGUAAAAAGGGCUUCCUUUUGGAUGGAUUCCCCCGCACAGUAAAACAGGCUGAGAUGCUGGAUGACUUGUUGGACAAACGCACCGAAAAGCUGGACUCUGUGAUCGAGUUCUCUGUCGAUGACUCCCUGCUGGUGCGCCGGAUCUGUGGCAGACUUAUUCACCAGCCUAGCGGUCGCUCUUACCACGAGGAGUUCAACCCACCCAAAGAGCCCAUGAAGGAUGACGUGACCGGGGAGCCGCUGAUGCGCCGUAGCGACGACAACGCGUCCACACUGCGCUCCCGUCUGGAUGCGUACCACCGGCAGACGGUGCCCCUCGUCCAGUACUACAGCACCCGGGGCCUGCACAAGGCAGUGGAUGCCUCCCAGUCCCCUGACGUCGUCUUCGCCUCCAUCCUCGCCGCCUUCUCCUCGGCCACGGCUGCCACCUGUAAAGACCUCGUCUUGUUCAUCUAAGCUCCCUCCGUCUGUCGCCCUCCCCUUCGGUCUCUGUCAGGACCCUGUUCCGUGCUACUUUACACUAGCUUCCCGACUUGUCUGGGCUCUGUUCUCCUCCCCACUUUGCUCGUGCUGUGUUGGGGUUUUGCCUCCCUGAAAUGUAACAUCCUUCACUUCUGGGACUUGCCUGGGCUUCUGCUGGAAACAGGAAUAGGUGGCGUGUAUGAGAUGAGUGUGAUCUCUGCUUGGGUCCGGUACUUAUUAGCUGUAACAUCUUAAUCAAUGGUCCCUGUGCUUUGAUUUAAGUGAGCAGGGAAUUGGUGGGUGAUUUUAAUAUGUAUAACAGUUAAUUUUAAUGUAAUGAGUCCUAAUUAGAUUUGAACACUGGAUGAAAUGGCUAGAUAAUGCUUAAGUCCAAAUUCAUUCUGAAUCUAUUGACUACAUUUACACUGCUUUUUUUGUUUAGAGAUAUUGAAUGCCAACCUUUUGUGGCUGUGUUCUACAAAAAAGAGCCCUGGUCAAACCAGUAGUUUAAAUGUAUUUCCUGUUUUCCAAUGACCCAAUUUUGUUAUUGUUUCCCAUUCUAUAAAUAAGCUACCUGUACACUUGUCAUUUCUUUCUUUUCAACCCCCCCCCCCCCAACUGAUUGCUCUGAAUGUAUAUGCAUCAUGUUCCUAGGGUCGUGAAAACAACUUCACACGUUACAUCAAUUUGCAUCCAGCCUGACUAGAUAAUGUUAAGUUUGGAGCAGCAAAUUUUUGUUCAUAUACCGCCACACCACAUUGUAGUUCACUCAUGUUCAUUAAAUUAUUGUUAAUUGCAUUUUUAAAUGAUGGAAGCACAAUUGGUCUUGAGAUUGACAGUAUUGCUAAGUUGAACAAGGACAUAUAUUUAAGAAAAGACAAAUUGGUGUGUAAAUGUUCUAUCUCUUGCCACUUCAAAUGGUCCAAUAAUACAAUAUUUUGUUUUA